GUCACCAUCUGCAGCUCAGACUCACCAUGCUGUGGUUUCUGCUGCUGAACUGUGCGCUCUGCAUGGGAGGACACUCUGCAGCAGGACAGAGAGAUGGGGAAAUUAUCAGUCAGAUAAAAAUGACAAACUUCGCACUGGAUGAGAUUAAAGAGCUUUUGAAACAACAGAUAAAAGAGAUUGUUUUCCUGAAGAACACAGUGAUGGAGUGUGAAGCCUGUGGAAUGCAGCCUCGUCCCUCCUGCGUGCCGAACCCCUGCCACCCAGGGGUGAAGUGCAAGGACACACCUCAGGGUGUGAAGUGCGGACCCUGUCCUGACGGCAUGGAGGGCAACGGUACCCACUGCACUGAUGUCGACGAGUGUACAGUUAUUCCGUGUCACAUGGGUGUGCGCUGCAUAAACACCUCCCCAGGUUUCCGCUGCGGCUCCUGUCCUGCUGGGUACACCGGCCCCCAGGUCCAGGGCGUCGGACUCGCCUACGCCACCGCCAACAAACAGGUCUGCAAAGAUAUCAAUGAGUGUGAAGGCAUCAACAAUGGAGGCUGUGUGGAGAACUCUGUCUGUAUGAACACGCCUGGGUCCUACAGGUGCGGCCCCUGCAAGACGGGCUAUAUUGGAGAUCAGCGGCGCGGCUGUAAGCCAGAGAGAGCCUGUGGAAACGGCCAGCCCAACCCCUGCCACGCCAGCGCCGAGUGCAUCGUCCAUCGAGAGGGUCGCAUCGAGUGUCAGUGUGGAGUCGGGUGGGCUGGAAACGGCUACCACUGCGGCCCUGACAUUGACAUCGAUGGUAUCCCUGAUGAGAAAUUGGCCUGUCCUGAGAAGACCUGCAACAAGGAUAAUUGUCUCACUGUUCCCAACUCUGGUCAAGAAGAUGCCGAUGGUGACGGCAUGGGAGACGCCUGUGAUGAAGACGCAGAUGGGGACGGGAUCUUCAACAUGCAGGAUAACUGUGUGUUGGUGCCUAAUGUUGACCAGAGGAACGCCGAUGAAGAUGACUUUGGCGAUGCAUGCGACAACUGCCGCGCAGUGAAAAACAACGACCAAAGAGACACGGAUGUGGACAAAUAUGGUGACGAGUGUGAUGAAGACAUCGAUGGGGAUGGAAUCCUUAAUCACCUGGAUAACUGCAAAAAAGUUCCCAACGCUGACCAGAAGGAUCGUGAUGGAGACAAAGUGGGAGACGCCUGCGACAGCUGUCCUUAUAUCCCAAACCCAGACCAGAUGGAUGCUGACAACGACUUGAUUGGAGAUCCCUGUGACACCAACAAAGACAGUGACGGUGACGGGCACCAGGACUCGAGGGACAACUGUCCGGCCGUCAUCAACAGCUCCCAGCUGGACACGGACAAGGACGGCCAGGGGGACGAGUGUGACGAUGACGACGAUAACGACGGCAUCCCUGACCUGCUGCCCCCCGGUCCGGAUAACUGCCGUCUGAUCCCCAACCCGCUGCAGGAGGACUCGAACGGUGAUGGCGUUGGCAACAUUUGCGAGGCGGAUUUCGACAAUGACACCAUCAUCGACACUAUCGACGUUUGUCCAGAAAACGCUGAGGUCACCGACACUGACUUCAGGGAGUACCAGACCGUCGUUUUGGAUCCGGAGGGCGACGCACAGAUCGACCCCAACUGGGUGGUGCUGAACCAGGGAAGAGAGAUAGUCCAGACUAUGAACAGUGAUCCUGGUUUGGCAGUGGGUUACACGGCUUUCAGCGGUGUGGACUUUGAAGGGACCUUUCAUGUAAAUACGGUGACGGACGAUGACUAUGCAGGAUUUAUCUUCGGCUACCAGGACAGCUCCAGUUUCUACGUGGUGAUGUGGAAGCAGGUGGAACAGAUCUACUGGCAGGCGAACCCGUUCAGAGCCGUGGCAGAACCUGGCAUCCAGCUGAAGGCCGUUAAGUCGAACACGGGUCCAGGGGAGAACCUGAGGAACGCCCUGUGGCACACCGGAGACACCAGCGAUCAGGUCAAACUCCUCUGGAAAGACGCUCGCAAUGUCGGCUGGAAGGACAAGACUUCUUACCGCUGGUUCCUCCAGCACCGACCCGCAGACGGCUACAUCAGAGUACGUUUCUACGAGGGUCCUAAGAUGGUGGCGGACACAGGUGUCAUCAUAGACGCCACGAUGAGAGGAGGUCGACUGGGAGUCUUCUGCUUCUCCCAGGAGAAUAUCAUCUGGGCCAACCUGCGUUAUCGCUGUAAUGACACUCUCCCUGAGGACUUCGACACUUACCGAGCCCAGCAGGUCCGGCUGGCGGUCUGAAGACACUGAGCGAGCCCAGGGAAUUCUGGGAAACACUUUCCAAAGCACAGCUGGGAUCAGAAAUAAAACCAUCACUUGUAUACAAAGGCUUGUAAGAAGUCAACCAAAUAUGUUUUAAA